AUGUCUGCUCUGCAAUCAGCAAUGGCAGGCCUCAUCUCAGUUUUCGCCAAGCAUUGUGGCCAAGAUCAGGCACUCAACAAGGAAGAGCUAAAAAAUCUCCUUGAGACCGAAUUCGGAAGUAUGUUGGGGAACUCAAAAGAUAAAAAUGUCGUCGACGAAAUCUUCAAGGGCUUGGACCAGGAUGGAAACGGAAGCGUUAAUUUCACUGAGUUUGUCACAAUGGUUGCAGCGCUUACCGCGGCAACGAACGAAAUGUUGUGCUCACAGUAG